UAUGUAUAUUAUUAUCCGAGUUGAGGGACAUGAUAUAUAAAUCUUUCAUAACCAAUAAAAAUACCAGCACGUUGCCCCAGAGCAGGCCGACGAGGUCGAGAUGUCCUUCUUUUGCCUGCUUCAGGAGCUCUACAAGUACUAUGUGAAAGAGUAGUUCUUGUGAUUGACUAGAAGAGGCUUGUGACAUUGAAGUGUGACUCUCCUGUGCUUCCACCAUGGAUACCUCGUGGGACAACCUUCCACUGAAACUUGUGGAUCCGGUGAAGCAUACUAUCCAAGAUUUGGAUUUCAAAAAUAUGACACCAGUCCAAGCUGCAUGCAUCCCUUUACUUCUUAGUCAUAAGGAUGUGGCAGCUGAGGCUGUGACAGGAAGUGGGAAAACCUUAGCUUUUAUGAUUCCCAUCAUUCAGAUUUUAGUUCAGAGAGAAGAACCACUGAAAAAGCAUGAUGUAGGUGCUCUUAUUAUUUCCCCUACACGUGAAUUAGCAACACAAAUUUAUGAAGUUUUGCAGAGCUUUCUGGCACAUUUGCCCCAGUUUAGUUCUCUGCUAACUGUUGGAGGAUCUCAGGUUGGGGAUGACCUUCAAAGUUUCAAGACCAGAGGUAGCCACAUACUUGUAGCAACUCCAGGCCGCCUACAGGACCUUCUGGCACGUAAUUCAGCAAAUGGCCCCAGUCUGGCUGGUGGGGUGAAAGCACUUGAGGUUCUCAUCCUUGAUGAAGCUGAUAGGCUUCUUGACCUUGGGUUCUUCAACACACUUAGUACCAUUUUUGCUUAUCUUCCUAAGCAGAGGAGGACAGGACUGUUUUCUGCCACCCAGACCUCAGAUGUGAUAAGCCUGAUUCGUGCAGGUCUCAGGAAUCCUGUCAAGGUCAAAGUGAAGGAGAAGGAGGCUACAGGUGAUGAGAGGACUCCUGUGUCAUUGCUGAACUACUAUAUGGUGUGUGAGGAGGACAAGAAAUUCAGUACACUGGUAACUCUUCUUAAAGAAAGAGAAAAAGAGAAAACCAUGGUCUUUUUUGCUACUUGUGCAUGUGUGGAAUACUUCACAGUUAUUCUGAGAGACCUUUUUAAGAAGUCACAGGUACUGAGUAUACAUGGGAAAAUGAAAGACAAGAGAUUCAAGAUAUUUGAUAGGUUUAGAUCACAAGAUUCUGGAAUUUUGUUAUGCACUGAUGUCAUGUGUCGAGGAGUAGACAUCCCGAGUGUUGAUUGGGUGAUACAGUUUGAUCCUCCAUCCACAGCCUCAUCCUUUGUUCACCGAUGUGGCCGGACAGCAAGGAUAGGAAAUGAGGGCUCAGCCUUAGUGAUGCUGUUGCCAUGUGAGACUGAUUAUGUAAACUUUAUAAAGAUAAAUCAGAAAGUGAGCUUGAAUCCCAUGGAGUGUCCAGCUUCCGUACCUGACUUGCAGCAGAAGAUAAGAAAGUUGCAGUUGCGGGACCGACUUGUAAUGGACAAAGCUAACAGAGCAUUUGUGUCAUUCGUCCAGUCUUACGCAAAGCACGAGUGUAGUGUUAUCCUCAGCCUUAAGAAUUUAAACUUUGGUAAGAUGGCAACUAGUUUUGGGCUGCUGAAAAUGCCUAGAAUGCCAGAAUUGAGAGGUAUUACUAUUACUGAUUUUGUUCCCGUGAAGAUGGAUUUUAAUACCAUUGCUUACCAAGAUAAACAAAAAGAGAAAAGUAGACUGCAAAAGCUAGAUACAUACAAGGAAACUGGGUCAUGGCCAGGGAUGAAGCUUCACAAACCCAAGCAAGAGUCCUGGUCUCAGACUAAGGAGAAGAAAGCAAAGAAGAAGAAAAAGAAUGAGAAAAAGAGAAAAGGACAUCAAUUUACGCAGGAAGAUCUGGAUGAUUUGGAGGAGGAUUUCAGAAUGAUUAAAAAACUGAAGAAAGGCAAAAUAAAGAACAAAGACUUUGACAAACACUUUGGCUGUGAAGUUGAUGAGGUAGAAGAAACUGAAAAUCAGGAAACAUAGUGAGCAUUGUAAUAUGUAAUUUUGUGUUGAGUUUGGAAGUGAAUCUGUAUUUUUGGCUGGAGCUGUUAAGCUGUUGUGUGCAUUUUCUGUUAUCCUCAUGAUGUCCUGCAGAAGGAAAGUGAAGUUAGCACAUAAUUGAAUAUGCAAUGACCUACAGCAAUUUUCUAUACUACAGUACAAUUACUGUGUAAACAUUUCUUUGUUUUAAUUUUGUUUAUUUGUAGUUUUAUGGAAUUAAGAAUGCAUCAUCUUCAUCCAGCUGCUUACUUAAGGAAUGACUUUUCUAUAUUUUUUAUGUAAUUAUUUUCAUAUUUUGUCUUUUCUUUAAGGAGCUGCUGUCAUUGUUCUGUAUGUAACAUGUACAAAUUAUGAGAAAUAAUUCACAAAGACAUUUUCAUUAAUAUUUUGUCUCCACUUCUUUAAUUCCUAUUUUAAUGUUCAAAGACUUAGUUGGUUAAAAGUUUCUUUGCUAAGUACUAAACAUUGCAGUGAUGUAGUUGAUGACACUGCUGUAAUGAAGCUGCUGACAUAGUGUGUGGUCCAAAGUCUGGAUCCUGGUCAAAGUGGGCAUCUUUCUCACAUUUAAUAUUUAUUCAUUACACUUACCAGAUGAUGCUCAGGUUCACUUGCACUUUGUCAGGAUUGAACAGUUAAUGUUUAUUUUCAUAUUUUGUGCAAAGGAUUGUGUUCAAGGGCACAGAAAGGGGAAAAAAUUGCACAUAAUGCUACUUAAAAAUAAAAUUGGCCAAUUUAC